AUGUCUAGGAAGGUUACUAAGCUCGCGGGUAAGAAGAGCGAUAAAAUGGAUGACAGUGCCGUCAAAUCGGUGGAGAAAAGCGUAACAGCUGGUAAUGAGAGUUCGCCAGCGGAAGUAUAUGCAAGCAAGGCUCUUUUCAAGAAGGAGAAGAGGCGGUUGAAGAAAGAGAUGAAGAGACUUGAACAGGCCAAGGAGGAGGAAAAGGAAGAGGACGACGAAGAGGAGGAAGUAGAGGAAGAGCAGGAAGAAGAAGAGGGAUUGGAUCUGGAUAGACUAGCCAAGAGCGAUUCGGAUGACGAUGAUGAGGAUGAGGAAGAAGAAGAAGCGGAAGAGGAAGAAAAGGAGGAAGAAGAGGAAGAAGAAGAGGAGGAAGAAGAGGAAGAAGAUGUCGCGUUGUCAGAAGUGGAGUUUGAUUCGGACGCUGAUGUCGUUCCUCACCAUAAGCUAACGACGAAUAACGUCAAAGCUAUGAAACACGCGCUGGAGAGAAUUCAGCUGCCAUGGAAAAAACACUCCUUCCAGGAGCACCAAUCCGUCACAUCCCAGACCAACACAGACGAGGGUAUCAAGGACAUCUACGAUGACACAGAACGGGAGCUGGCGUUUUACAGACAAUCUCUUGAUGCCGUGCAGGAAGCGCGUGACCAGUUGGCCCGCCUAAAGGUUCCUUUCAAGAGGCCGCUGGAUUACUUUGCCGAGAUGGUGAAGAACGACGAGCAAAUGGACAAGGUUAAGAAUAAGCUAGUUGUGGAAGCCAGUGAGAAGAAGGCUCGUGAAGAGGCCAGAAAGCAGAGACAGCUGAAGAAGUUCGGUAAGCAAGUGCAAGUAGCCACAUUGCAGAAGCGUCAGCAAGAGAAGAGAGAAACGUUGGAGAAGAUCAAGUCGCUCAAGAAGAAGAGAAAGCAGAGCGAAAUAGACGGUACCGGUUUCGACGUAGGCAUCGAAGAGGCAACCGAUGAUCACAGUAGCCGCAAACCAAACUACAAAAGAGCUGCUAAGGACGCCAAGUACGGCAGCGGUGGUUUGAAGCGAUUCAAGAGGAAAAACGACGCACAAUCUUCUGCCGAUGUGACCGAUUUCUCGCACAGAAAGAUGAAGGGAAAACCCUCGAGACCAGGUAAAAGUAGACGCGCUAAGAGAUAUUAG